AUGGAGGCGGCGGUUUCAGAGCAGCAAGGCGGAGAGAAGAAGCAGCAGCAGCAGCAUCAGCAGCAGCAGCAGCAGCAGCAUCAGCAGCAGCAGCAGCAGCAGCAGCAAGAGUCAAAAGAUGCUGAGGUGUUGACGGUGGACAGCUGUCUGCGGCUGCUGCAGCAGCAGCAGCAGAAGCGGCAGCAGCGGAAGCAGCAGCAGCAGCAGCAGCAGCAGCAGCCAGCAGGGGGAUUGCUAGCUCCUGCUGCUAGAAGGAGACGAAAGCUGCGGCGCCUGCUGCGGCUGCUGCUGCGGCUGCUGCUGCGCCCCUUCUCUGGUUUUGCUGCUGGGGGCAGGGUCACCCCUUUGCCUAAGACAACAGCAGCAGCAGCAGCAGCAGCAGCAGCAGCAGCAGCAGCAGCAGCAGGAAAUGCUGUUGCUGCACCAGCAGCAGCAGCAGCAGCUGCUGCUGCUGCUCCUCCUCCUCCACCCGCAGGCGUUAGUCCUACUGCUGCUGCACUAAGACAGCGGCAGCAAGCAGCAGCAGCAGCAGCAGCAGCAGCAGAAGCAGCAGAUGAGGAAGAGGGGGGGCGAGCUGUCUCCCUGAGGCCUUCAAGCAGUCUUGCUGCUUACAGCUGCCACUACACUGCAGCAGCAACAGCAGCAGCAGCAAGUGCUGCUGCUGCUGCUGCUGCUGCUGCAGCAGCCCCUAUAUCUCCCCCUGCAAAGAACCGCCGAGCUAACCGGCAGCAAGCAGCAACAGCAGCAGCAGCAGCAGCAGCAGCAGCAGAAGCAGCAGAUGAGGAAGAGGGGGGUCGAGCUGUCUCCCUGAGGCCUUCAAGCAGUCUUGCUGCUUACAGCUGCCACUACACUGCAGCAGCAACAACAGGAGCAGCAAGUGCUGCUGCUGCUGCUGCUGCUGCUGCUGCUGCAGCAGCAGCCCCUAUAUCUCCCCCUGCAAAGAACCGCCGAGCUAACGUAACAGAGCCGCACAGCAGCCCUAUAUCUCCCCCUGCAAAGAACCGCCGAGCUAACGUAACAGAGCCGCUCAGCAGCAGCAGCAGCAGCAGCAGCAGCAGCAGCAGCAGCAGCGGCAGCAGCAGCAGUUUCACAAGCAGCGACACGAGCCUCUCCCCUACAGCAUCAUCAUCAGCAGCAGAAACAGCAGCAGCAACAGCAGCAGCAGCAGCAGCAGGUGAUAUAUAUGAUACAGAAGCAGCAGAAGCUGAAGCAGCAGCAGCAGCAAGAGAACUAAAGAAAAGGAUUCGCUCAUUCAGAUCCACGCUGCCCCUCACAGCACUCUGGCUAGGUACUACUGCUGCUGCUGCUGCUGCUGCUGCUGCUGCUGCUGCUGCUGUAGCUGCUGCUGUUGUUGUUCUUGUUGCUGCUGUUUCUGCCGCGGUUUUUGGUGUCAGCUGCAGCAGCAAACAACGACCCUGCAACUCCCUCUCCUCUCAGCAGAAGGCGGGGGUGCAGCAACAACAGCAGCAGCAGCAGCAACAGAAGCAACAGAAGCAGCAGCAGCAGCAGCAGCAGCAACAGCAGCAGCAGCAGCAAUCAACAGGUUGGGAGACUCUUCUGCUGCACAGGAUGGGGGGGGGCCUCCCCCGGACCUGGCGCAGUGGAGGCCUUCCCCUGCUGCUGCUGCUGCAGCAGCAGCAGCAGCAGCAGCAGCAGCGCACGAACCAACCCCAUCAACAGCAGCAGCAGCAGCAGCAGCAGCAGAAGCAGCAGGAGGAUCUACUGCAGCAGGGGAAGACACAAGCCCUCCCUCAUCCCCCUCAUCCGCCUCAUCAGCAUCAUCAUCAGCAGCAACAGCAGCAGCAACAGCAGCAACAGCAACAGCAGCAGCAGCAGGAGCAGAAGGAGAAGCAGCAGACAGCCUAUGGGGCUUCUUGCUGGCGCUAG